AUGGCCGCUUUCAUGGUCCGAGUGAUGACCGCUGUGGGCGUCUCCGAGGACCAUGCCGCCAGUUUGGCCGACUGUCUGGUGACGGGCGACUACCGAGGUCACUACAGCCACGGCCUGAACCGACUCGAGCUGUACAUCAAGGACGUACAGCAGGGCAGCUGCAAGGGGACCGGGUCCCCGGUGAUACUGAACCAUACGGCGGCCAGCGCCUGGGUGGACGGCCAGGGCCUGCUGGGCCCGGUCAUUGGCCGAUUUUGCAUGAAGUUGGCCAUCGAGAAGGCGAAGACCGCCGGCAUUGCCCUGGUCACCGCCAAAGGGGGCAACCACUUUGGCAUUGCCGGCUACUACAGCACCAUGGCGCUGGAGGAGAAUCUCAUCGGAAUGGCCUUCACCAACGCCUCUCCGCUGGUGAGCGCCACCCGCGGCAAGGAGCCCUUCUUCGGGACGAAUCCCAUCUCGGUGGCGGCUCCCGGCGCAGCUAAGG